UCAUGUCGCAAUUUAAUUUCCGUUGGGAAGAAUAAAAGAAAAUCGAAUUUUCGAAUGGAAUUUUUGUGGAAGCACUAGUGUUGAAGGGAAGAUACUAUGGAAACGAGCGGUGGUGAGGCGCCAACCGGAGGUGAUCCACGAUUGGACUUUAUGGGAUUGUAUGUUCAGCGUAGGCUAAAAUUGAAGCCUGAAAAAUGGGCGCGACUCACAACGAUCGAAGAGCACAAAAAUACGCUCAAAGAAUUCCUCGACGGUGAUCAGCAAAUGCAAUUGAUUGUGGUAAUCAACAACGCGGCUCAAUUGUUGCCCCUCGUCAAUUUUCCGCUUACGCAACUCAAGACAAAAGGUGUUUAUUUCAUAAAAAAACGACCAGAACCAAUUCCCAAAGAAGAGUGCUCCGAUUUUCUAGUAUUCGGAGAUUUGGCGACGAAAGCAAUCGAUCAAUUAUCAAGUUUGGUCGAUGAUGUAUUUGUACCGUUGCUAUCAAACGAGGAAAACUACGAUGAUUGGCCGGAAAUUGUUGCGCAAGAUGUGCAAAAGCAAGUGCAUAAUUUAAAAAGUACCGUUUACCAGGUAAAAGGUCAAGUGAAUGGCGAAACCAUACUUGCGAUGCCAGUGGGUGUUGAUAAAAUUGUUAAAGUCGCUGCCGAACUUCAGGAAACGAAAAAGUGCACAAUUGACUUGUAUUUGAAGGGUGCUAUUGAGGGUGUUGUCAUUAAAUGGGUUAUACAAGUGAAUGACGUGUACAGCGAAACACCAUCGUCCGCUUUUAACGGAGGUCAAAAUCCAUUGCCGAAUGUCGAGCUUGCAUUUUGGAACAAUCGAUUACGGAAUUUCACCCAGAUUUACAAACAAUUGCGCAACGAACGAAUCCGCAGCAUGGCUUCAAUAUUGGAGGCUACACAGAGUGCAUAUUUUCCAUGCUUUAGCACAAUGUUCAAGAAUGUCGUUACAGCGCUUGCCGAAUCCAGAGAUAUCAGUAUCCAUUUGAAUCCGCUGCAAAAGCAUUUUACCCAAAUAGAAGAGACGGAUUUUGCUGAGGCAAAGCCGUUGAUUGAGCCACUAAUGCAUGUUAUUUGUUUGGUGUGGUCGCGGUCACGAUAUUACUGUCAAUCAUCCAAAAUAACCGUGCUUCUACGUCAAAUAUGCAAUUUACUCAUUCACCAGGCCAAACGUUUUUUGGACCCUCAAACCAUUUUCCAUACGGACAUUGAUGAGGCAAUGCAAAGGAUUACGCACACCGUACAAACAUUGAAACAUUUUCGUGCCCUGUUCGAUAAAUACAAAGAGAAAUUGGAUAGCUAUUUCAUCGAGAAUCAAAGAUCAGUUUUAUUCUGGACAUUUCAUCCUAAUGCCGUUUUCGACCGUUUCAAUGCCUUUUUGGAGCGUCUGAAUACAAUUCAAUGGUUUUUCUCGACGGUGAUUGAAUUUUUGAAAUUGGAAAAGGUGGAAAUUGGUGGGCUCAAAGGAAGGCAACUAUCAUCCAAAAUCACGACCAUUUUCACCGAUUUCAAUCAACACUUUUCAUCGUUCUCCGCCAAAACCUAUGACGUACUCGACCCGGACGAUUCAAAGUUUAUGCAAGACUUUGACAUUUUCCAGCAGCGAAUACUUGAUUUGGAUAUUAAAUUGGCCGGAAUAUUUUGCCAAGCAUUCAACGAUUGCCACAGUUUGGAAAGUGCUUUUAAAUUGAUUAAUAUUUUGGGCAGCGUUUUGGAUCGACCGAAAAUCAAACAAGCAUUUACCGACAAUUAUAUCGAUCUAUUGAAAAUGUUGGAUGAGGAACUGCGAUGCUGUGAGAAAAUAUUUGCAUUUCAAAUGAAACAUUUUAAUGAAAAAGGUCAUUUGUUUGUUGAUCGACGAUUCCCGAACAUAAUUUCCACCUUAAAAUGGACAAAACAACUGAGUAUUCGUAUUUCAAUGCCGUUCAACCAUUUUAAAGCGUUGCAACAUCCAAUCUCAAAAUCACCAGAAGCUGAAGAGCUAUACAAAAGAUAUGACGAUCUGAUGCGCUUACUUGGCGAAUUGGAGGAUAGAACAUUCAACGAUUGGGCAGAGAAAGUACCACAACAAAUCGAGAAAAACUUGAAGAAAUCACUAAUUGGACAAUCGGCUGAUAAAAGUUUGUUUCUAAACUUUGACAAACAAUUAUUUGCGUUACUUCGCGAAGUUUACCACUUAAAAGUUAUGGGCAGAGAAAAUAUUCCACAAGAAGGAUUGAAAUUUGCUGCAAAUAAUGAUAUGUACCGAGAUUUUACGCUGAAUUUAGAGAAGACCAUCGAUUGGUACAAUGAUAUUAUUCAACAAAGCACACCCGUCGAAUUGAAUCUAAUUAAAUUGGAAAUUGAAGAAAUCGAUUCGGGCAUUGCGACGGGGGUGAAAGCUCUAUCCUGGAAUUCAGAGAACAUUAUGGAAUAUUUGAAAAAUUUACGAGACCCUGUCGAGCGCCUACAAGUUCGAAUGCAGAAGACGCAAUUCAAUUUGAAUGAAAUUAAGCGAAUCACAUCGACAUGGAUUAAGCAGCCGUUAUUCGAACGAAAGGAUAGGAAAAAAGACAGUGUUUUGUGUCUUAACGAGCGCUCCAAUCGCGUUGCAAAAAGAUAUUCCGAAAUUGAAAUCGCCUCGAAUACCGUACAUAGUUUACUGAAAGAAAACCAAGACUAUUUCGGCAUGGAAGAGUCAAAUCCGGCAUGGCAAGAAUACGUAUCGUUUGUGGAUGACAUUGUAUACAAAAACUUGACUUUGACGAUUGGCAUCAGUCUGGGAUACAUUGUCGAACAAAUGUAUCCGCUGAAUAAUUUGGCGCCAUUGUUUGAAUCACGUCUCGAAUUGCUGGACCCGAUUUUAGUGUUUGUGCCAUCGUUGGAUCCAAAAGACCCUGACGGAUUCAACAAUCUGCUCACCCUGUUAAUCGAUGACAUAAUAAAAAUGUCAUUCCUUUUCAAGAGUCUCAAAUUAAGCGAACGGGAAAAUUAUAUGGCUGCCAUAGCCGCAAAUACAGACAUAACUGAUAUGAAACAUGAAAUAUUGGAAGGUGUUGAGAGAGUCGUAGAAGAAGCGGCCGAAUUCUGUAAUGGUUUCGAAAGGUAUUCGUAUUUGUGGUUGGACGAACGUGAUAAAUGUAUGGAAAUGUUUUUGGAAUAUGGUCGUUUUCUUGAGGGUGAUGAGCUUGAUUUGAUUGCUUUGCGAGAUACAGCCGCGCCGCAACCGAGUCAACCGACCAUUGAGGCGUUUCGCGAACAAAUCGACAAUUAUGAGUCAUUAUAUGCUGAAAUUGAGAAAAUUAAUGCGGUGCAAGUGUUUUUUUCCUGGUUUCAAGUGGAUGUGCGCCCAUUUCGGCAGUCUCUGUUGAAUAUCGUACGAAAAUGGGGUAACAUGUUUAAAAAUCAUUUGGUUGAUCGCGUGACAAGCAGUUUAAUCGAUUUAGCAAAUUUUAUACGGCGUGCUGACGAGCAACUGCUCCAACAAGUUGCUGAAGGUGACUACGAUGGAUUGGUUAACAUCAUGGCAUAUUUGCUAAAUGUUAAAGAACGGGCGGUGACAACAGAUGAAAUGUUCGAACCAAUGCAAGAAAUUAUCAAUUUACUAAAGUUUUACGAUAUGGAUAUUCCCGAAGAGGUUAACGUUCUGCUGCAAGAAUUGCCCGACCAAUGGAUCAACACGAAGAAAAUUGCCACCAUUGUCAAGCAACAGGUUGCACCGUUGCAAGCAAUCGAAGUCGUUUCCAUACGAAAUAAAAUCACCAACUUUGAUGCGCACAUACUAUUCUUUCGGGACGUAUUUCGAAACUAUGAUUUUUUCAAAUUCAUUUGCGAACAUCCAUAUGAGCUAUUAGACCGGGUGCACAACGAUAUCGAACGUUUGGAAAAUGUUAUGAAAGAUAUUCAAAGCUCGGGCAGUCUGUUCGAAGUGAAUGUGCCGGAGUUUAAAAUACUGAAACAAUGUAGAAAAGAGCUUAAAUUACUCAAGCAAUUAUGGGAUUAUAUAUUUCUUGUGCGAACAAGCAUCGAAGAUUGGAAGAAGACUCCAUGGCGGAAAAUCGAUGUGGAAAAUAUGGAUAUAGAAUGCAAGAAGUUCGCUAAAGACGUUCGCUUGUUAGACAAAGAGAUGCGUGGUUGGGAUGCUUAUUUGAUGCUAGAAUCUACCGUCAAGAACAUGCUCACAUCGUUGCGAGCGGUUGGUGAACUUCAAAAUCCCGCGAUCCGAGAACGUCAUUGGAUUCAAUUGAUGGCCUCCACCAAGAAAUUAGCUGAAUUGUCGAAAACAAUUACCGUGCAAUUCAUAAUGGGGGAGAAUACUACGUUGGCUGAGCUACUUGGAUUGAAUCUGCACGAAUGCGAAGAAGAAGUGAAAAAUAUUGUGGAUAAGGCUGUAAAGGAAAUGUCGAUGGAGAAAAUUCUGCGUGAUUUGGAUUCAACAUGGUCGAAAAUGGAAUUUGAACACGAAAUCCAUCCAAGGACACAGUGUAGCUUAUUGAAAGCCUCGGAGGAACUAAUCGAAACGCUAGAAGAGAAUCAAGUGUGUUUGCAAAAUUUGAUAACAUCAAAGUUUAUUGCCCAUUUCUUGGAGGAAGUAUCGUCGUGGCAAAAGAAAUUGAUGGUUGCUGACCAAGUGAUAACGGUUUGGUUUGAGGUGCAACGAACUUGGUGCCACUUGGAAAGCAUUUUCAUGAGCUCCGAAGAUAUUCGAAAGCAAUUGCCGGUCGAUUCCGAUCGAUUUGACCGGAUUGAUGCUGAUUUCAAGGUUUUAAUGGAUGAAAUGUCGAAGCGAUCGAAUGUGGUCGAGUCAACCAAUCGGGGAGGGCUUUGUGAACGAUUGGAGGGUUUGCAAAAAGAAUUAGUUUUGUGUGAGAAAGCAUUGGCUGAGUAUUUGGAGACAAAGCGUUUGGCAUUCCCACGCUUUUACUUUGUGUCAUCCGCUGAUCUGUUGGAUAUACUUAGCAAUGGCACUCAACCCGAAUUUGUGGUGAAACAUCUAACAAAACUCUUUGAUUCAAUCGCAAAACUGAAAUUUAGACCGGCCGACGAAAAGCAUCCAACGAUGUGUGCGGUCGGAAUGAUUGCCAAAGAUAGCGAAUACGUUGAAUUCAAUGAAUUGGCUGAUGUAAAUGGGCCAGUUGAAGGGUGGUUAAAUCGAGUUCAAAAUCGAAUGCGGUCGUCGCUUCGAAGCUAUAUGUCGGAAGCGGUUGUGUCUUACGAAGAGAAACCGCGUGAACAAUGGCUUUUCGAUUAUCCGGCUCAGGUUUCACUGUGCGGAACGCAGAUAUGGUGGACGACUGAAGUGAAUAUGGCAUUUGAGCGCUUAGAAGAGGGAUACGACAAUGCACUGAAAGACUACACGAAGAAACAAGUGCAUCAGCUAAGUGUGUUGAUUUCCCUGCUGUUGGGUGAGUUGACCAAAGGAGACCGACAGAAAAUCAUGACAAUUUGCACAAUUGACGUGCACAGUCGAGAUGUCGUACUGAAGCUAAUCCAAUCGAAACUAGAAAGUGCAUCUGCGUUUCAAUGGCAAUCACAGCUGCGUCACCGAUGGGACGAUGAUGAGAAUGACUGUUUUGCAAAUAUUUGUGAUGCCCAGUUUCUAUACUGCUAUGAAUAUUUGGGCAAUACACCACGAUUAGUCAUAACACCACUUACAGAUCGAUGUUACAUUACUCUAACGCAAUCACUUCAUUUGAUUAUGGGUGGUGGACCAGCGGGCCCGGCUGGCACAGGGAAAACUGAAACGACUAAAGAUUUGGGUCGUGCGCUUGGCAUCAUGGUUUAUGUGUUUAAUUGCUCCGAGCAAAUGGAUUACAAAUCAUGCGGCAAUAUUUACAAGGGUCUCGCGCAAACUGGAUCGUGGGGUUGCUUUGACGAAUUCAAUCGAAUUUCCGUGGAAGUGUUGUCCGUCGUUGCCGUUCAAGUGAAAAGCGUACAAGACGCCAUUCGAGACAAGAAAGAUAUUUUUAAUUUUAUGGGUGAGAUGAUAAAAUGUGUUCCUACGGUUGGCAUUUUUAUAACGAUGAAUCCAGGAUACGCUGGGCGCACCGAGCUUCCCGAGAACUUGAAAGCAUUGUUCCGACCUUGUGCCAUGGUCGUGCCCGAUUUCGAAUUGAUUUGUGAAAUUAUGUUGGUUGCGGAAGGAUUUCAAGAAGCCCGUGUUUUGGCUCGCAAAUUUAUCACAUUGUACACACUGUGCAAAGAACUAUUAUCGAAACAAGAUCAUUACGAUUGGGGAUUGCGCGCUAUUAAAUCUGUGUUAGUUGUUGCAGGUUCAUUAAAAAGAGGCGAUCCCGGUCGACCCGAAGAAGAAGUGUUGAUGCGAGCUCUUAGAGAUUUUAACAUUCCGAAAAUUGUCACCGAUGAUAUGCCCGUUUUUAUGGGUCUAAUUUUCGAUUUAUUUCCGGCUCUCGAUGUGCCACGUAAACGAGACCAAGAAUUUGAACGAACGGUCAAGCAGGCGGCCAACGACAUGCUCUUACAACCGGAAGAUAAUUUUAUUCUAAAAGUUGUACAACUGGAGGAACUGUUGGAAGUUCGACACUCCGUAUUCAUCGUUGGAAAUGCGGGCACUGGAAAAACUCAAGUUUGGAAAACACUAUUUAAAAGCUAUCAAAACGAUAACAAGAAGCCAAUAUACAAUGAUUUAAACCCCAAAGCAGUGACGAACGACGAACUUUUCGGCAUAAUAAAUCCGGCGACAAGAGAGUGGAAAGAUGGGCUGUUUUCGGUGAUAAUGCGAGAUCAAGCAAACUUAGUGGGAGAUAAUCCAAAAUGGAUCGUUCUCGACGGCGAUAUAGACCCAAUGUGGAUUGAAAGUUUAAACACCGUCAUGGAUGAUAACAAAAUUCUAACGUUGGCAAGUAACGAACGUAUCGCUCUAACACCAACAAUGCGCCUUAUAUUCGAAAUUUCCAAUUUAAGAACGGCGACACCGGCUACGGUGAGCCGAGCUGGCAUUUUGUAUAUAAAUCCACAGGAUCUUGGCUGGAAUCCUUAUGUUACUUCGUGGAUAGAAACACGUAAAAUAUCUACGGAAAAAUCAAAUUUAGUGAUUUUCUUUGACAAAUACAUACCAUCGUGCUUAGAAACAAUCCGAACGCGCUUCAAAAAAAUCACUCCGAUUGCCGAAAUGGCUCACAUUCAAAUGCUAUGUUAUUUAUUGGACGCAUUACUGGUGCCGGCCAAUGUAAAACCCGACAGUUCCAAAGAAAUCUAUGAGCUGUAUUUCUGCUUUGCAUGCAUUUGGGCAUUCGGCUCGGCUGUGUUUCAAGACCAAGCCGUCGACUAUCGAAUUGAGUUUAGCAAGUGGUGGGUCAACGAAUUCAAAGGAGUAAAAUUUCCAACGGGAGCCGGUACUAUUUUCGAUUAUUACAUUGAUCCAGAAACAAAGCAAUUUAUGCCGUGGACUGAGAAAAUACCAAAAUUCGAAUUGGACAUCGAUGUGCCAUUGCAAGCGGUACUAGUGCAUACAUCCGAAUCGAUACGCGUCCGUUAUUUCUUCGAUUUGUUAGUUGCAAAAAAGCAUCCAUGCAUGUUGGUUGGUACGGCUGGAUGUGGAAAAACGGUUCUCGUGAAUGAGAAACUACAUGCACUGAGUGAAAAAUAUGCGAUUCAAAAUGUUCCGUUCAACUUUUACACCUCAAGCGAGAUGCUGCAGAAGGUUUUGGAAAAGCCACUCGAAAAGAAAGCGGGACGUAAUUUUGGACCGCCUGGCAACAAGACAAUGAUUUAUUUCAUUGAUGAUAUGAAUAUGCCCGAGGUGGACACAUACGGCACCGUACAACCCCACACACUAAUUCGACAGCACAUGGAUUAUGGCCACUGGUAUGAUCGCAAUCGUCUCACGCUGAAAGACAUACAUAACUGUCAAUACGUGGCUUGCAUGAAUCCAACGAGCGGCAGUUUCACAAUUAAUCCUCGUUUGCAGCGUCACUUUUGCGUGUUUGCCGUAAAUUUUCCCAACACCGAGUCGCUGACAACCAUUUAUCAUUCGAUUCUCAGUUCGCAUUUCAUCAAUGCCGAGCAAAAGUUCAAUCCGACCGUAACAAAAAUCGGUGCAAAUAUCGUUUCAGCUUCACUCGCACUGCAUAAUAAAGUGUCGCAAAUAUUCCUACCGACCGCUGUAAAAUUCCAUUACAUUUUCAAUUUACGAGAUCUCAGCAAUAUAUUCCAAGGUUUGCUGUUCAGCACCAGCGAUUGUCUGGCAUCACCCGUUGACAUUAUUCGCUUGUGGUUGCAUGAAAGUCAUCGCGUUUAUGGUGAUAAAUUAACGGAUGACAAGGAUAUCGAUAGCUUUACAAAAAUGCAAACGGACAUCGUGAAAAAAUCGUUUGAAGACAUUGACGAGUCAAUCGUUUUCGAGAAGCCGAACAUUUAUUGUCAUUUUGCCAAUGGAAUCGGCGAACCGAAGUAUAUGCCAAACAAGGAUUGGCAAUCGUUGACAAAAUUGUUGCUCGAAGCACAAAACUCAUACAAUGAUUUGGUGGCUGCUAUGAAUUUGGUACUUUUCGAGGAUGCCAUGAUGCAUAUUUGCCGAAUUAACCGUAUAUUAGAAUUGCCACGGGGAAGUGCUUUAUUAGUUGGUGUAGGCGGAAGCGGAAAACAAUCUCUGGCUCGUUUGGCUGCCUUCAUUUCCGGCUUGGAAGUUACGCAAAUCCAAUUGAAAAAGGGAUACGGAGUAGCCGACCUCAAAAACGAACUGUCUGGAUUGUAUUUGAAAGCCGGGUUGAAAAAUGUCGGUAUCAUGUUUUUGAUGACCGAUGCACAAAUACCAUUUGAGACCUUCCUCGUUAUGAUUAAUGACAUGCUUGCCUCUGGCGAAAUCCCAGACCUUUUCCCAGACGACGAAAUUGAAAACAUAAUCGCUGGUGUUCGCAACGAAGUCAAAGGUGCUGGAAUGGUCGAUACACGUGAGAAUUGUUGGAACUUUUUUAUUGAUCGGGUGCGAAAGCAACUGAAAAUCGUGCUAUGUUUCUCACCUGUCGGUACCACGUUACGCGUACGUUCACGCAAAUUUCCCGCAAUCAUCAAUUGUACAUCGAUCAACUGGUUCCACGAGUGGCCGCAAGAAGCAUUGGUCUCCGUUGCGCUUAGUUUUUUGCGAGAGUCAAAAGUUCCCGAGGAAUAUCGUGACUCGGUGACACGUUUCAUGGCAUACGUUCACACCUCUGUAAAUACAACGUCAAAAGCGUAUUUGCAAAUUGAACGACGAUACAACUAUACAACGCCAAAAUCAUUUCUUGAGCAAAUAGCGUUAUAUAUGAAGCUGUUAAAUCGUAAGCACGACGAGCUCAGUUCAAAGAUAAAACGGUUGGAAAAUGGUUUGGAGAAACUAAACAGCACUGCACUGCAGGUGGCAGAACUGAAGAAAACACUUGCCAUUCAAGAGAUUGAACUGAAAGAGAAAAAUGAUGCAGCUGAUGCUCUUAUCGAAAUUGUUCGCAUUGAAACGGAAAAAGUGCAGGCGGAAAAAACAAUAGCCGAUGACGAAGAGGAGAAGGUGGGCAUUAUUGCGGAGGAAGUGUCGAAAAAGCAAAAAGAUUGCGAAGAGGAUCUGGUAAAAGCGGAGCCCGCAUUGGCAGCCGCACAAGAAGCAUUGAAUACAUUGAAUAAAAACAAUUUAACUGAGUUGAAAUCUUUUGGUUCGCCUCCGGGGGCUGUCACAAAUGUAACGGCUGCGGUGAUGGUAUUGAUGGCAACAAAUGGAAAAAUUCCGAAAGACAGAAGCUGGAAACAAGCAAAAAUGAUGAUGGCUAAAGUAGAUGCAUUUUUGGAUGCGCUCAUCAAUUACGAUAAAGAGCAUAUCCACAGCGAUGUGAUAAAGGCAAUUCAACCGUACUUGAAUGAUUCGGAAUUCGACCCGAUUUUCGUGAGCAGUAAAUCGGGCGCAGCAGCUGGUCUAUGCGCUUGGGUAAUCAAUAUUAUAAAAUUUUACGAGGUUUAUUGUGACGUUGAACCAAAGCGACGAGCAUUGGCGCAAGCAAAUGCUGAAUUGGCUACCGCACAAGAAAAGCUCAGUAUAAUAAAGCGCAAAGUGCAAAACCUCGAGGAACAACUGUCCAAGUUGACCGCUGAUUUUGAACAAGCUACAGCUGAUAAAUUACGUUGUCAAAAGGAAGCGGAUGCGACACAAGCCACAAUUCAACUGGCAAACCGAUUAGUCGGUGGCCUUGCUUCGGAAAACGUGCGUUGGGCACAAGCUGUUGCUGAUUUUAUGGCACAAGGCACCACCUUACCGGGCGACACACUCUUGAUAACGGCAUUCAUAUCGUAUGUUGGAUGUUUCACCAAACAAUUUCGAUUGGAUUUGAUGAACAAAUUAUGGUUGACGAAUUUGCGUUCGCUUGAACCUCCGAUUCCGAUAACUGAAGGUUUGGACCCGUUAACGCUGCUCACGGACGAUACAACUAUCGCGAUGUGGCAGAAUGAAGGCCUACCAUCGGAUCGCAUGUCCAUUGAAAAUGCAACGAUUCUCUCGAAUUCGGAAAGAUGGCCGCUUAUGAUAGACCCUCAGCUUCAAGGCGUGAAAUGGAUAAAACAAAAGUAUGGCGAAGAAUUGCGAAUUAUUCGAAUGGGUCAAAAGGGAUAUUUGGAGACGAUUGAACAAGGCUUGAUACAUGGCAAAACCGUGCUGAUUGAAAAUAUUACAGAGACUUUGGAACCGGUUUUAGACUCUUUAUUAGGCCGAAAUACCAUAAAAAAGGGCCGAGCAAUUAAACUUGGCGACAAAGAAGUGGAAUAUAAUCCAACUUUCCGUCUCAUCUUGCAUACAAAGUUGGCAAAUCCGCAUUAUAAGCCAGAAAUGCAGGCCCAAACGACGUUAAUCAAUUUUACAGUCACUCGUGAUGGCUUAGAGGAUCAGCUAUUGGCAGAAGUGGUAAGAGCAGAGCGACCGGAUCUUGAAGAAUUGAAAGCCCAAUUGACCAAACAACAAAAUGAUUUCAAAAUUAUGCUCAAAAGUCUUGAGGAUGAUUUAUUGUCCCGUUUAUCGUCAGCUGGUGAGAACAUAUUGGGCGACACAGCUUUGGUAGAAAAUUUGGAAAUCACUAAACGAACGGCCACCGAAAUUGAAGAAAAGGUUGCCGAAGCGAAAAUAACGUCCCAAGAGAUUGAUGUUGCGCGUGAAUGCUAUCGUCCGGCCGCUGCUCGUGCUAGUCUGUUGUAUUUCAUACUCAACGACUUGAACUCAAUCAACCCAAUUUAUCAAUUUUCACUAAAAGCAUUCAGUGUUGUAUUUCAAAAGGCAAUAGCAAAAGCUGAAGCGUCUGACCAAGUUGAGAGUCGUGUGAAUAAUUUGAUUGACUGCAUUUCGUUCUCCGUAUUUCAAUAUACAUCAAGAGGUUUAUUCGAGUGUGACAAAUUGAUAUUUGCGUCACAAACAGCCUUCCAGAUUCUGUUGAUGAAUGAAGAAAUCACAUCGGCCGAACUGGAUUUCUUUUUACGUUUUCCGAUAAAGCCGCACGUUACCAGCCCAGUUGAAUUCCUGUCAAAUACAUCAUGGGGUGGCGUCUGCACUUUAUCGGCCAAAGAGGAAUUCCGGAAUUUGGAUCGAGAUAUUGAAACUUCAUCAAAGCGGUGGAAAAAAUUCGUCGAAAGCGAUUGUCCUGAGAAGGAAAAGUUUCCACAAGAAUGGAAAAACAAGACAGCUUUGCAGCGCUUAUGUAUGAUGCGCGCACUUCGACCGGACCGAAUGUGCUACGCUGUAACAAGUUUCAUUGAAGAGAAAUUGGGUCCGAAAUAUGUCGAAAAUCGAACAAUGGAAUUUGCAAAGUCAUUUGAAGAGGCAAGUCCAUCCACACCGAUAUUCUUCAUACUGUCACCCGGUGUCAAUCCGCUGAAGGAUGUCGAGGCGCUCGGUCACACUAUAGGUUAUACAGCUGACAACAAUAACUUCCAUAAUGUAUCCCUUGGCCAAGGCCAAGAGGAUGUGGCAGAAUUGGCGAUGGAAGAGGCAGCUAAACACGGCCAUUGGGUUGUUCUACAAAAUAUUCAUUUGACAAAGAAAUGGUUGCCUCAGCUUGAGAAAAAAAUGGACCACUAUGCGGAAAAUUCACAUGAAAAUUAUCGAAUAUUCAUAAGUGCUGAGCCGGCUGCCACAGCUGCGGCACAUAUUAUUCCACAAGGCAUCUUGGAAUCGUCCAUAAAAAUAACUAAUGAACCACCGUCUGGAAUGCAAGCAAACUUGCACAAAGCUCUCGACAAUUUUACACAAGAAACACUGGAAAUGUCGAGCAAAGAGGCAGAAUUCAAAGCCAUUCUCUUUUCACUGUGCUAUUUCCAUGCCGUUCAAUGUGAACGAAGAAAAUUCGGCGCACAGGGAUGGAAUAAAAUUUAUCCGUUCAAUGUGGGUGACUUGAACAUCAGUGUGUCAGUGUUGUACAAUUAUUUGGAGGCAAAUUCCAAAGUGCCAUGGGAAGAUUUACGGUAUUUGUUUGGUGAAAUUAUGUACGGCGGUCAUAUUACUGACGAUUGGGACCGAAAAUUAUGCAUUUCCUAUUUGGAAGAGUACAUGCAAUCGGAUUUAGUUGAUGGCGAAUUGUAUUUAGCUCCUGGCUUCCCCGCACCGCCAAACACCGACUACCAAGGAUAUCACAAUUAUAUUGAUGAAAUGAUGCCUAGCGAAAGUCCAUUGUUAUAUGGUUUGCAUCCAAACGCUGAAAUUGGCUUCUUGACAACAACAUCUGAAAAUCUGUUCCGAACUGUAUUCGAGAUGCAGCCACGUGACGCAGGUGCCGGAAGUGGAACGACGGUGACGCGAGAGGAUAAAGUGAAACAAGUGUUGGAUGAAAUCAUUGAAAAAUUGCCGGAAGAAUUCAAUAUGUUGGAAAUCAUGAAUAAAGUUGAAGAACGAACACCAUACAUCAUAGUCGCUUUUCAAGAAUGUGAGCGUAUGAAUUAUUUGACGGGUGAAAUGAAGCGUAGUUUAAGGGAAUUGGAUUUGGGUUUGAAAGGUGAAUUAACGAUUACUUCCGAAAUGGAGGUGCUAGAGAAUGCACUGUUUCUUGACCAAGUGCCACAAAUUUGGACUUCGCGUGCUUAUCCAUCGUUAUUGGGUUUGACAAAUUGGUUCGUUGACUUGCUGAUGCGUCUACGAGAGUUGGAAGCGUGGUCAACUGAUUUCGUGCUACCGACUUGCGUGUGGCUGGCCGGUUUCUUUAACCCACAGUCACUGCUGACUGCAAUCAUGCAAAGUACAGCGCGGCGCAACGAACUGCCGCUAGAUAAAAUGUGUUUGGUUUGCGAUGUAACGAAAAAACAAAAAGAAGAAUUCACUGUCGCUCCGAGAGAAGGUGCUUAUAUUAACGGAUUAUUCAUGGAGGGUGCACGAUGGGACAUUCAGUCUGGUAUCAUCGUUGAAUCUCGGUUGAAGGAACUGUUUCCGUCAAUGCCCGUCAUAAAUGUUCGAGCAAUUACUCAAGACAAACAAGAUCUCCGGAAUAUGUACCAGUGUCCCGUGUAUAAAACAAGAACUCGAGGCCCAACUUAUGUAUGGACGUUCAAUCUCAAAUCCAAGGACAAACCAAGCAAAUGGACUCUUGCUGGUGUCGCCUUAUUGUUACAAGUUUAAGCUAGAACUUUAAAUUGAACACGAAAGCAAUGAAGCGCAAAUGCUUCACUGUCUAACGCAUUUUAAAUGUUUCAUCCGCAUGUUUUAUGCAAAAGUCAAAGCUAAUGAAGGAAAACAUGAUAGACACGGAGCGUGCGCAAAGAAGUAGAGAACAAUAAGCUUUGAACAUUAUUCACAAGUUAACAAGCUAAAAUAGAUAGCACUGUACACUUUACACAAAUGAAUUUAUUUAACUUUAGACAUAAAUAUCUGCAUACAUACAUAAAUAUAUAUAGCGUUGAGUAACAAAGUGCGAGUAUGCACACUGCACAGUGCACACACAGCAGAGCAACCUUGUUUAAAGAUCCAUUAUACUUGAGUUGAGUAGAGUAAAGUCGAGUCAAGUCGAAAUGGGUAGAGAGAGAAAGUCUUGCAUCGUAAAUAAUGUUAAUGGAUAAAUCAGAGUGAAUGGGGUCGAGAGAUAUGACAUCAGCCAGUAUGCAAAUUACCGAGUCAGUUUGUCUGACGCCAUACAAGCCAAUUAAAAAUGAAAUGUAAUAAUAAAAUGUAAAGAGAGAGAGAAAAAAAAAACAGCGAAAAUCGAGGCAUAAAAAUUGCAUGAUUAUCUUGAUUAUAGAUUAAUGUGUCAUCAUGUGGAUUGA